AAGCCAAUGAUCUAUCGUCUUAAGUACUACUCGUGUUUACAUCAGUGACAUCUAAUUUCUGGAAUGCCUAGCAGCGACCAGACCUUCGUCGUUUAAUAAAAGCAGAAAGAAUGUCAGCUCAUGCUCUUACCAUGUAUAAGUAUGGUAGGCAAUUGUGGAGUUUGGACGAUAGUGGUUUUGGGAGGCAGCAAGUUUCAAUAGGCGUCCAAGUCUAAAACGCAUUUUUUAAAAACUUUCUUUGAGAUAAUAAUGAGGAAUCAUGUCGCCAAUUACAAUCUACUUACAUAAGGUAUUGUAGCAUGUGUCAAACUUUCAGAUUUUAUAAAAUGACGAAUGUCUGACUGUCCCAGGCUCUUAGACCAUGAUAUAUUAUAGAAACUUUAUUUUCAGUGGAAAAUUAUCAUGUCUAAAAAUCGAAAACAUUGAUACAGCUACCGAAAUUUGUAAGAAGUUUGAAGUUUGUGAUCAACGAAAAGAGAAUAUCGAGAGACCCCAAAAAAUAAUGACAAAAGAUGGAAAAAAAUACAUCGUAUGUGAUAUAUGCAAGAAGAACAUAGCGUUCGCUUCGUGGAGACGGCAUUCGCAGUCCCACUUGACUGUGAAGAGGUACAGCUGUCACACAUGCGGCCUGGGCUUCAACGACAGCGGCAAUCUGUCGAGACACAGAAAAGCUUUGCACGCCGACCACCGCCCCCACACUUGCAGCGUCUGCCACAAAUCCUUCUCAAGAAACAGCCAUCUCAAAGAGCACACGAAAACGCAUUCAGAUAACCGUGAUUAUAUAUGUGAUAUGUGCGGCAAAGCUUCCAAAUCGAGUGCCGCUUUGAGAAUGCAUAGAAAGAUACAUUUAAAUGAAUACAGAUUUAGUUGUAUCUACUGCGACGCGAGGUUCAAAAGACGGGGCGAGUUAGUAGUGCAUGUAUCAGUGCACACGGGGGAGAAAGCUCACGUCUGCGCUUGUGGCAAGGCGUUCCGACUGCGGAGCCAACUCAACAAUCACACGAGACUGCAUAUCAAAGAAUUGCAAGCUAUGAAGCAGGAUCUGGAAUGACUAUUGUUUAGGGAGAGUAAAGCGACCUAUGUCAUUGGAAUUUUGCUAAAAAGUGAACGCUUUUAACAAUAUUUCGUAAUGCGACUAGCAGAGUGGGUCAAACGGGAUUUUAAAUAAAGUUUGAAUUUGUAAUUAUGAAGAGCAGAAGUAGAGGGUUUAAUUUUGCUACUGUAGCCAGUACUAGUACUAAGUUAGUAGGUCUAAGAUCCGCCUUUAGAAAAAUAUACCCUCAUCUGUUAUUUAUUAGUGAUAAAAAAUAAUGAUAGAUACCUAAUAUUCAAAAUGACACAUUGUAAAUAGGUUGCCUAGUUAAAUUGCGAUCUGAAAAAUCUAAGAAACCUUGAAUUAACUCAAAGGCAAGUAAGUUAAUACAGUAAAUUAAGCAUAAAGGUUUAAUUUGGCAUAUUAGACGACUAAAUAAUUAUGAACCAAUAAUAACUAUAACCAAUGAGGGAAGUAGAUUAAAUAAACUUAAAAUUAA